AUGAAUAGUUUUUCUGGCAAUAAAUUCGCACUCUUGCGUUCGGACGAUGACGAACCGCAAAGCUUUGAUGAUCCGGCAAUCAUCAGCAACUCUUACGGCAGCCCAGAUGCUGGGUAUAUUAUGAGCGAUCAUAAUCCUCUGGAGCAUCCUUACACCUUCUGGAUUUCGAAACGGAAGUCAGUUCUCAAAGGCAAGAACUACAACGAUUGUAUGAAAGAUAUUGGCACGGUCUACACCGUCCAAGAAUUCUGGAAACUUUACAGCUUUAUGAAACGACCGAGUAAGAUUGACGAUUCGUGUGAUCUUAUGUUGUUUAAACGAGGCAUUCGCCCUCUUUGGGAAGAAAGUGCUAACAAAGAUGGCGGACGAUGGACUCUUCGUGUCCGACGUCACAGUACCGAUAGAUAUUGGGAGAACUCCAUCAUGGCAAUGGUUGGAGAGCAAUUUCUCGUCGGCGACGAACUCUGUGGAAUCGUUCUUUCGCUCCGCAAUCCUUGGGAUCAGCUUUCUAUCUGGCACCGAAAUGCUGCAGACAAAUCUGCUGUCAAGAAGAUUUCGGACUCGCUUAGAAGAAUUUUGAAUUUCGGGAAUGGCGCCAACGGCCCACAGAUGGACUACAGACCGCACAACGAAACUUUGAAUAAGGCAGAACAGAGAAGAACAAGUCGCGAUGAACGACGCCGAAAUACCUCAAGCGACCAAGACAGUGAAGACAAAUCUUCAAGUUAA